AUGAAGACUGUGUUGGCUUGUUCAUUUCUAGUUUUUAUAUCGAUCCUCGGUCUUAUCCGAGGCGAAUCCACAGAAUAUUUUAUUGGAAGUGGCAUCCAUGAUAUUACUGGUCCUGCUGCUGAUGUUAAUAUGAUGGGUUAUGCUAACCCUUCCCAAACUGCUAAGGGUAUACAUUUCCGUCAACGCAGCCGAGCUUUUAUUAUACAUGACAAGCAAAAUAAAAGUAGAAUAGUAUUUGUUAGCAUUGACGCUUGUAUGGUGGAUCAAAUUGUUAAGCUAGAGGUAGUUAAGAAGCUUAAAGCUCGCUUCGGUAAAUUGUAUACCGAGGAGAACGUUUGUAUUAGCGGCAUCCAUACCCAUUCUGGUCCCGGUGGUUUCCUCCAAUAUGUUUUAUUUGACAUUACCUCAUUAGGUUUUAUUAAUCAAACACUCUUUGCUUACGUCGAUGGAAUUGUUGAAAGUAUUGCUAAGGCACAUGCUGAUAUAAAGCCUGGCAAUAUCUUCGUCAAUCAGGGACAACUAUUGAAUAGUAACAUUAAUAGAAGUCCAUCUGCCUAUCUAUUUAAUCCUCCAAAGGAAAGAGCAAAAUACAAGUAUGACGUUGAUAAGGAAAUGGUCUUGCUAAAGAUGGCCGAUGCUAAAGGCCAUGGUAUUGGUAUGGUUAAUUGGUUUGCAGUUCAUGGAACUAGUAUGAAUAAUACAAACGAAUUAGUCAGCGGUGACAAUAAAGGUUAUGCCUCCUAUUUAUUUGAAAAGGAAAUGAAUGGAAAAAGUACUCUCCCCGGGAAAGUAAGUUUUGUAAGAUUGAAAAUAAUACAGUACAACGAAUUAUACAGACGAGCGCCUAUAAAUCAAUUUCUUGAUGUCUUAACGGCUUUGCCUACUAAUCAAUAUUAUUUGCAGUUGCAAGGAUCUUUUGUUGCCGCGUUUGCCCAAAGCAACGAGGGUGAUGUAUCUCCCAAUACUCGCGGUCCUUUCUGCAUCGAUUCCGGUAAACCCUGCAAUAAAAAUCACAGUACCUGCAAUGGCGAUGAUACAAAGUGUAUUGGAAGAGGACCUGGUGCAAAUAUGUUUGAAAGUACCGAGAUAAUUGGUCGCAAUCAGUUUAGCAAGGCAAAAGAAUUGUAUGACGGUGCAAAGAAGAAAGUAACAGGGCCUGUUGAUUUCCGGCACAUGUAUGUCGAUAUGACUAACGUAGCGGUAACUUUAAAGAAUGGUACCAAAGUUCAUACUUGCAAACCAGCUAUGGGCUUUAGCUUUGCCGCUGGAACAACUGAUGGACCAGGAAUGUUUGGAUUUCAACAAGGCUACACAACUGGAAACGAAUUUUGGAACCUUAUUGUCAAGUUUUUAGAAAAACCAUCUAAAGAACAGAUUGCGUGUCAACAUCCUAAACCUAUUUUACUGGAUACAGGAGAGAUUAAAUUUCCCUACCGAUGGCAACCUUUUAUAGUGGAUUUACAAGUAUUAAGAAUCGGAAAUUUUGUUAUUGUAGCUGUUCCAGGGGAAUUUACCACAAUGUCUGGUCGACGAGUAAGAGACGCUGUUCAUAAAGUAAGCAGAUCUGUUGUUGACGCGCACUUUGGUAAUGAUACCACUGUUGUUAUUGCUGGAUUGUCAAACACGUAUGCAGAUUACAUCGCUACGUAUGAGGAAUAUCAUGCACAACGUUAUGAAGGAGCUUCUACAAUUUAUGGACCUCAUACCUUGCAGGCUUAUAUCUCUAAGUUUGUUGAGUUAUCACAAGCUUUAGUUAAGGGUAAAGCUGUUAAGCCUGGACCGACUCCACCAAAUUUGUUAAAAAAGCAGCUAUCAUUUGUUCCUGGUGUUGUAUUUGAUUCAGCCCCGAUUGGUAAAAAGUUUGGUCAAGUAAAACAAGAUGUUAAGUCCAAGUAUAAAGUUAAUGAAACGGUAGAAGUAAUAUUUUAUUCCGCUGAUCCCAGAAACAAUUUAAUGACUGAAGGAACAUUCUUAACGGUUGAAACGCAAGACAAGCAUGGUAAGUGGCAUGUGCGGUUAACUGAUGGUGAUUGGGAUACACGAUUUUAUUGGCACAAGCCAUUCAUACUUGAUCCCUCAAGUACAGCCAAAAUCACUUGGACUAUCUCACCAGAUACACCGGCUGGUACCUAUAGAAUUCAACAUUUUGGUCAUAGUAAAGGGCUACUGGGCGAUAAACAACCUUUUCAUGGAACAUCUAGUAGUUUUAAAGUGACGACAAAUUAA